CAACACUCGUUUCCGACAACGACCUCCCGAUCAAGCCCUCAAGAUGCCGCCAAAGAAGUCUGGAGUCAAGAAAGCCCCCGGUGCCGCCACCAGUGCUAAGCCUGGGCGCAACAGCAAAAGCGCCAAGAACCCACUUUUGGAGCGUCGCCCCAAGAACUUCGGUAUUGGCCAGGACAUCCAGCCCACUCGGGACCUAACACGUUUCGUGAAAUGGCCCGAAUACGUCCGUCUUCAGAGGCAGAAAGUCAUCCUCAACCAACGUCUCAAAGUUCCUCCUUCAAUCGCUCAAUUCUCUCACACACUUGACAAGAACACCGCUACCCAACUGUUCCGAUUGAUGAACAAAUACCGACCCGAGACACGACAGGAAAAGAAAGUUCGUCUCACUGCCCAAGCUGAAGCUAUCGCCAAGGGUGAUGCCAAGAAGGGAGAACCCAUUGGCAAGAAACCCCUCUAUGUCAAAUAUGGUCUCAACCACAUUGUCGCCCUCAUCGAAGCCAAGAAGACUUCCCUCGUUGUCAUCGCCGAUGACGUCGACCCUAUCGAAUUGGUUGUCUUCCUCCCCGCUCUCUGCCGUAAGAUGGGUGUCCCCUACUGUAUCGUCAAGAACAAGGCCCGACUUGGUACCGUCGUCCACAAGAAGACUGCCGCCGUCGUUGCUUUCUCCGAAGUCCGAAGCGAGGACAAGAGCGAGUUGGCUAAAUUAGUCAGCGCUGUCAAGAUCAACUUUGUCGAGAAAUACGAUGAAGCCAAGAAACACUGGGGUGGUGGUGUCCGUGGUGCCAAAUCAUUUGCCAUGUUGCAGAAACGUGCCAAGGCUGCUGGUCAAUCAGUUGCCAGUGUCUCCAAGACUAUCUAG